UCUAAAGAAGUUGGACAGGGUUAUAUAGUCAAUUGGAUAAUGUUUAUUUUCAAGCUUUCCUGUCGAAUCACCAAAUUCAUGUUAUGAACCUUGUUUUGUCUGUAUCUCUCCAGGUGAAAACAUCUGAAUUCUAUCGGUACUCGCGGCAGCUGAGGCAUGAGGUGGAGCAAGCUCUAAACUACUUCCAUAACGUCAGCGAGCAACCUCUGAUGGAAAUGAAAUCAAACCAUAUCCGUUCAGCAAAACCCCAGACUGCAGUAUUCCGGGGAAUGAUUGGGCACAGCAUGGUUAAUAGCAAGAUCCUUCUUCUUCAUAAGCCUCGUGUGUGGUGGGAGCUGGAAGGUCCCCUGGUUCCUCUCCGUCCCGAUUGCCUUGCCAUCGUUAACAAUUUUGUCUUCUUGUUGGGGGGAGAGGAACUCGGGCCUGACGGUGAAUUUCAUGCAUCUUCUAAAGUAUUCCGAUAUGAUCCACGUCAAAACAGCUGGCUGCGAAUUGCAGACAUGUCUGUGCCACGGUCAGAAUUUGCUGUCGGAGUCAUUGGUAGAUAUGUUUAUGCUGUGGCUGGAAGGACGCGGGAUGAAACCUUUUACUCCACAGAGCGAUAUGAUAUCAUAGAAAAUAAAUGGGAGUUUGUCGACCCUUACCCUGUCAACAAAUACGGCCAUGAAGGGACUGUUCUUAAUAAUAAAUUAUUCAUCACAGGGGGCAUUACCUCCUCUUCAACUUCCAAACAGGUGUGUGUGUUUGACCCAAGCAAAGAGGGGACUGUGGAACAAAGAACCAGAAGAACACAGGUUCUAACAAACUGCUGGGAAAAUAAGUGCAAAAUGAAUUACGCUAGAUGUUUCCACAAGAUGAUUUCUUACAAUGGAAAACUCUAUGUCUUUGGUGGCGUCUGCGUUAUUUUAAGGGCUUCGUUUGAAUCGCAGGGCUGCCCCUCUACAGAAGUUUAUGAUCCUGAUAUGGAUCAGUGGACUAUUUUGGCGUCCAUGCCAAUAGGUAGGAGUGGUCAUGGAGUAGCCGUGCUAGACAAUCAAAUCAUAGUGCUCGGUGGCCUGUGUUACAAUGGCCAUUAUAGUGAUUCCAUCUUAACCUUUGAUCCAGAGGAGAAUAAAUGGAAAGAGGAUGAGUUUCCCAGAAUGCCUUGCAAGCUGGAUGGUUUACAAGUAUGCAGCCUGCAUUUUCCAGAAUAUGUUUUAGAGCAUGUGAAACGUUGCACAUAAAAAUAAGCAAUUUUUUGAUCUACUCGGAUCUUGUGCUAGUCCCAUAGCUAAAGGCAGGUUCUCAUGGCAGUGACCAGUUGGGUUUCUUUGUUAUCUGACAGCAUUAUAUGAAUCGGGAGACCCAUUGUGAACUUGGCAGACUUGGGGUUUCCUUGCCAGGUCUGACUAAGCUUUGUUUUUUAUUUAAAUACAUUCUGUCCAUUUUACAACCUCUCGUCUUUUAUUCCUCUGCAGCUGAAUCCUCUGUUUCUGUUCUCGUAUACAGAUUACUCAUAAGGCAUCAAAAAAACAUAGAGCAAAUAAUUGGGUAUGCCGUUAGAUGUGGUGUUUUUUUUUCAUUGUGAAAAAAUGGGAAGACAAUAUGUAAUUUCCCAUAAAUCCUGACUUUCACAUGCAUGCCCACAUUAAAAUGACAGAAUAUUUGCUGGAUCCCACAUAAUGUAAUUUCUACUAAUCCCUUCCAUCCCAUAUCUGAGAAAAUAUCUAAUGCUGCAUAACUCUUCUGUUAUCUUGUUUUAUAAAUUUGUUAUAUCCAUUAUUUAUUACUAAUGGUGCUGGUCUUCUGCAAAUCUGCCUGUUUUGUUUUUUUUUUAACUUUAUACCCUUUAAAUUAUUAUGUAUUUUAUUUUACAUGGGCAGUGUUUGUAGUUGCAAUAUGGCAAUGAUUCUUGUGUGUCAUUUGGGUAUUUCUUUUUUAACUUAAAGGGCUGGUUCACCGUUAAAGGAAUUAUUCAGUGGAAAAAUUAAAACUGG